UCAAUACAAGUCUUACUAUUCAUAAUAUAGGUUUUAUAUUUAAUACUAGGCACUUGAGGCACUAUACCUUAUGCUUACUAAUUUAUUUUAAGAUCUUUUUAUAGUAUUAUUUUGAGUACCUUAUAAAAAAUACAAUGUAUAGCAAUGAAGUCGAAUUUAAAAGUUUUGUUAUAUAUCGACCGAAGAUCCAAAAUCUAUAAAAGAUAGUUAUUUAGAAUAUGUCAUUACUAUAAUACAACAUAUUUGUGACCAAAAAGGAUGGGAUUCAAUUAAACAUUUGCAGUUAAAUCAUGUUGAGUAUGGAAACAUGACAGUAAAAGAUGCAUUUACAUACAAAAUUGACAAAAACAAUAUUUUAGAUAUGUCUAUUAUUGUUGUUCGUUUACUUAAUUACAAGUAUGCAGAGAUAUUAAGAAAUUAUGCCGAACUUAUCACUUUAAGCAUAAAAUUAUGUGAAAAGUAUUUAACAGACAAUCUAUUUAGAGAAUUUAUCGAUUGUACCCAACGUAUUGAACAUUAUGUGAAAAAUUCAUUGACAAUGUUUGAUAAUUUGUACCAAGUAAUGACGUUUAUGAGUUAUUUGGAUAUGAAAUUCUUAUUUACAAAAAUUCCACAUAACCCAUUCGUCAUGGUAGACGAAAUUUAUUUUGCCUAUCAUUAUACAAAUACCAUGAAAAUAUCAGAUCCAUCAUUUUAUAUUGAUCACGAUGGUAACAUUAUACCUGAAAAUGCAAUUUUAGUACUUUUAAAUAUUAAUACAUUCCUUAAUAAAUUAUAUUUAAUAGCAGAAAGUAUUAGAAAAAAAAAAUGUAUUUUUGCUCAACUCCCUGGACAAGUUAACUAUCAUUUGAUUUUUGAAGAGCGAUGUUUACAUUACAAAUCAGUAAAUUCUAAUCUAACUGCUAUCAACAUUGUUUUAAUUAUUCUAGGUUCAUUUUACAUGAACACAAUAAAAAAUGAUUACGAAGACCUUGGAUUUAGAGAAAUACUUAAACCACUUUUAUACAAGUGUGAUAGAUGUGAUUCAUUAUUUCCACCUCAAUUUGAUUGUAUUUCACAAAAAAAAGGAAUAGUAAAUUUAAAUAUUCUUCUUAAUGAGGGUAACUGGACAACUUUGAAUUAUCUAUAUAUAAAUCAUAAUAUACAAGCAUUAAGUACAAAUCGCGUGCUAAGAGAUCCAGCAAAUGAUAACAAUUUUCAUCUCAAAAAACAGUAUAUUACUCUACUAUUUAGAUGUAGAUUUUUUGACUUACUAAAAAAUUUCACUGCACUUUUAACUGGAGUUAUAGAUUUGUGUAAAAAAGUAAAGAAUAAAUUAAAGAUAUAUGAUGAUCUAAAUAGUUAUUACAUAUGUGUAACUGAUUUUUUUCUGGCGAUGAAAAGUGUUCAAUAUUUUUUAAAUUAUUUAGACACAGCAAUGGAAAAAUUAAAACAAGCAUUAAUAUGGCAUGAAAAUGGAGCAUUUUAUUGUUUAUCACCAAUAAAAAAAAUGGUAAAUAAUUUGCUUAAGUUGAUGAAAGAAAAAAAUUUGUUACGAGAUGUGUUUUCUGAGGGGGUAUUAAGUUUGGAUGAAGUAGCAAACAAUUAUUUGGCUGGAGCGCAAGAUGUAGCAUCAUCUAUUAAAUUAGAUCUAAGAAAUACAAGAAGUAUUCACCAAAGGCAUUGUUAUCAUCAAGAAAAAGUUUUAUUUUCUAAAAGAGACGUUCUAAAUAUCAGCAUGAAAAAUGUACCCUCAGAAAAUAUUGCUGAUCCGUUUUAUGAUCCUAUUUCCCAUUGUCAACAGACUUGUGUGGAUUUAUAUAUGUUUUGUGAAAAUUUCAUCAGCAACGAAUAUAAAAAUCUAGGGUUUGAUAAAAUCAAUUAAAAAAUGUGGUUGACAUGCUCAAAUCAUUUUAUUAUGUUAAGAUUAAUCUAUUAAACUUAUUUUGUCAA